AAGUUCAAUUCAUCUUAACCUUAUCCGUAUUUAACCAAUGUCAUUAAAUAAAGGCCCGAGGGCAUUCUCGUCAUCUCAAAAUAUGACCCUCUUUAUAUGAGCUGUCCACCUGCUCAGUUUCUUCCUUCCAUCCUCUUGGUUGCAGCGAGCCUUCCUUCCCUCUCUCGCCCCUCUGGAUCACCAUAAUUACCAUUUCAAUCCCCCACAACGCGCGCAACUUGCAACAACCAAAACCAAAACCAAAACCAAAACAAAAUCAUUUCCACAGCAACAAAAUCAAAAUCAAAAUCAAGAAGAAGAAGAAGAAGAAGAAUUGGGUUUGGGUUUGGGUUUGGAUUGGGUUUGGUAGCAUUCGAAUAUUCCUCUGCGCUUUCGUUAUACUUCAAUCGUUUGAAUUCUUCUUGAAUUUCUUCCAAUUGUUCAAUUUCUUGUUUGGGGCGGAGAUGAUUUUUUCUUUGCGUUCUAGGGUUUCUUUGUGAAUUUUGGUGUCCAUUUUGGAACUGGUCGGUGGCGGGGGCAGGCGCAAUUGCGUUUGCGGUGAGAUUUGAGAAGGUAGGGGCGUUGGGUUUUGUGUGAUGGAUUGCCGGGUGUGUUCGGCGACGGCCGGAGAUUUGUGGGUUAGGAUGCCCGGCGGCGGCGGUCAGUACGUGGGUCAGAUCGGUGGGUUCAGCCAUGAGAGCGAGCACGAUUUGGCGGUGAUGGUAAGCGAUUUCUUGGAGAAUGGAAGUGGUGGGACCGACUCCAGGUGUAGCAGCGAUAGCGAUCCGGGGUUCUCCGAUAUUGCUGUCCUCGCUGAUAGGAUUUUGUUUAAUAAGCAUUCAGUGGAUCGGUAUGAGAGUGACUUUCUCUCAGUGGUCCAUUCUCUUAUAUUAUCUAUUAAGGAGAUGGACAUCCACUCUGUCAAUUCGGAUCCCUGUAAUGCCAGUUGCAUCAAGUUUUCUUUGGUAAAGCUUCUGAGAAUAUCUGGAUAUGAUGCUGCUUUUUGUUCUUCUCGGUGGCAGGCUUCUGGCAAUGUCCCUGGAGGGGAUCAUGAAUACAUUGAUGUGGUCAACUACAAUGAUGAUGGGAGCCAUGAGCGUUUAAUCAUUGAUAUUGACUUUCGAAGCCAUUUUGAAAUAGCUAGAGCUGUGGAAUCUUACGACAGAAUAUUGAAGUCCCUACCGGUUGUUUAUGUGGGCAGCUGGACUAAGCUGAAACAGUUACUUCAAGUUAUGGUUGAGGCUACUAAAUCUUCCCUUAAACAGAACUCAAUGCCUCUUCCUCCCUGGAGAUCACUUGCCUAUUUGCAAGCCAAGUGGCAAUCUCCCUAUCAGAGGGUGCUUCAUCCAGAUGAAACAAAUAUGAAUGGGAACAUUUCUUCUGAGCAGCAUAAGAAAUGCUGUGGACAUUUAAGAGGUCUGCAGUGUUUGCUCCAAUCUGAGAUUGAAACAGAGAGAUUGUUGAAGCCUUUAAACAGUGAUCACAAUCAGAGGCUGAGGCCGGACAGGCGGAGGCCUGACAGGUGGAGGCAUUCUUCAUAUAGGACCCUCUGAUUCAUUUUGAGAGAUGUCAAUUCUAUUGAGAAGAAUUUUAUGGCGGGGAUAAUGAAUAAGUGAACCAAGAAAGUGCAGGUUCAUAGCGGAGAUUAAUUACAAUAAUGUGCCAUAUCAUGGUGGAUAUAGUUCGUUUUUGUCCAUCUUAUGUUGGGGAGUUUCAUAGUUUUCAUUCAUUUUUUGUGCACGAGCAGCUGAUUCAGAAGGGUUUUCAUUCAUCUGAAACAUCAUACUUGAUGCCCAAACCAGUUGGUUAUUGCUUGAGCUUGGAGCAACAGUUCAUCGAUUAUAUUUGUUCAUUACCUUUUAUUCUGGUGGAAAAGGAAAAAAGGAGUGGGGGGUGGCGGCAGCCAUGGCUGCACCGGUGGUGUUUGUUUUGGCUGGUUGGGGUUUGGGGGUUGUGUUUGGGUUUUGUUUACAUGUGUCCCAUGUUGUUGGGCAUAAGGAAUUUUGCCUACUUUUUGUUUUGUUUUUUGAAUAUAUGUUUUACUCCCAGAAAUGUUGGGCUGAAUAUCUUUCACAACAGGCAAAUAAAAGAAAAAGUUGCCUGCCAUACGUAUUUUGAUUGAUGUCCUUUAUUUGUCUCUUGUUAUUUUGCUGGUGUUUGAAACUGUAAUCGUUAUUAGUAAUUAUUAUUUGGGUUGGAAAGCAACAAUGAUUCUGAAUAAUAGGUUAUUUACAGUGGAGAAAA